AUGCAUAAAAAUGCCCUUUUAACCAACUUUUCAAAAUGUGUCACAUUAAUUUUUUAUAUACUAAUACUUUUUGACCCAUUAACCCUUAAAUCUUAUGUUAAGUGGGAUUUCUGUAAAAUAACUAAUCAUGAAAUGAGUAAUAUCAUUUUGAGUAAUUUAAAAAAUGGUUUAAAUAAGCUAGAAAUCAGUAAUUUUGUUAGCGUAUUUCAGUUUAAAUCAAAUUGUUUGUUUUUACCAGUUUGUGCUUUCAGAGAAAGUAAAUUGAGACCACUGUUCCGUCCCAUAUUCACAUCCGGAAGUUAUUAUUGUAACAACUAUAGCAAAUUCCUGAACCUAACAAACGUAAAUGUUAACAUGACUGAUAAAACAGUAUCAUUAGAUUUGGAUGUUUAUCGCAACUAUACAGAAAAAUCCGGAAGAGCAAAGUUUAAAAUUACUGAAUCAGAGAAUAGGCUCUUCAAUUUAUUGAACGAAUGUGUGGACUUUUAUGAUUUGAAAAUGGAUCUUAGAGUUGUUGGAGGCUGGGUUCGAGAUAAACUGCUUGAUAAGGACAACAAAGAUAUUGAUAUCGCAAUACCCAAGAUGACAGGAAUUAAGUUCUGUGAGUAUUUGAAUAACUUUACGAAGGAUAAGUACGGAUUUUCUAGAACUGUAGGAGUAGUAAAAAGGUGCCCUGAACAGUCUAAACACCUCGAAACUGCAACAAUGAACCUAUUGGGUUUUGACGUGGACUUUGUUAACCUUAGAACCGAAGAUUAUUCCUCCAAUACCAGGAUUCCAGAUAUGAAGAUUGGAACACCAGUAGAGGAUGCAAUGAGGCGUGACUUUACAGUGAAUUCUCUGUUUUACAACAUUUCGAAGAACUUUAUUGAGGACUUUACUGGAACCGGACUUGAAGACUUAAAAAAUGGGAUAAUCAGAACAUGUUCAUCACCAUAUGAAAUAUUCAUGGACGACCCUCUGAGACUUAUCAGAGCGGUUAGGUUUAGCUCACGUUUUAAUUUUAAACUCGAUGAAAAACUCAAAGAUUCUAUAAAUGAGCAGGUUUUAAAAGCACUAGCUCAAAAGGUUACUAGACCAAGAAUAUCCCAGGAAUUAGAGAAUAUUUUAUCAAAAAGUAACGUUUCAGAGGCCUUUAAGUUAAUGUAUCAAUUCAAGAUUUUACACGUACUUCUCAACGUGCCUCCAUACGACUACGAUGAGGAGGAAAAGAAACGAAUGAGAAGUAGAGUUACUGACGAAAUGCUCUCACAAUCAUGUUCGCUAAUGGAAAGGUUAAAUAAGUCAAAUUUCCCAGACAUUGAUUACAAAUGUUUGUAUUUAUCGGCUCUUGUAUCACCCACUCGAGAACUUCCCCUUAUUGGUAAGGUCUCAUUUUCAGAAUAUUUGGUCAAGGAACUUUUAAAACUUUCAAACCAAUAUUCUUCUAGAUCUCACACUAUUUCUCAAGGGUCAGUCACCUUUGGGGAAUUCUUAGAUAAGUCUAAAGUGGACCGAGUUACCCUGGGUUCAGUAAUCAGGAUGAUAGGUCCCCUAUGGAAGGAAUCCUUGCUGUUAUGUCUUGCUGAAUCGGACAGAGGUACUUACAUUGCAUUUAAUAUCUUAGUAGAUUAUAAAGUGUACAGUGAAUUGGUUUCACUGGCUAAUGACCUUGGGAUAACUGAGGCUUAUAACUUUAAGGCUCCCAUUACGGGUCCAGAGUUGGUGGAAGUCCUCCCUAAAAUAACAUCUGGGCCAGAGUUCAAGAGAGCUUUGGAAUUCCAAGUUACUGAGCGACUGAAAAACGAAAAUGUAAGCAAGGAUGAACUGAAACAUAAGCUGAAAACUCACUUUAACGAUUUCCUCUAA